CACAUGGCUGCGGCGGCGCCGGCCCCUUGGGGGCGGCAGUCGGGGGACGCCCGCGCACUCGGCCGGGUGGUGAAGCUGUUGGAGCGCCUGGAAGCGCAUUGCGGGGACCCCCGGCUCGCCUCGAGUCCCCCCUCGCUGCGAGACUUGCUGCCCCGCACCGCGCAGCUGCUGCGCAAGGUGACCCUGGCCCGGCGGGCGGAGGGCGGUAGGUGCCUCGAGGUUCCCGGCGGAGCCUGGGACUUCCUCGCCAUCUACCUCGCCAACCUGGAGGCCAAGGGCAGGCAGGUGGCAAUGCUGCUGCCUCCCAGGGGCCGAACGGAAGCCAAUGACGAGCUCUUCCGGGAGGGCUCCAGACUCAGGCGGCAGCUGGCCAAGCUGGCCCUCAUCUUCAGCCACAUGCAUGCAGAGCUUGACGCGCUAUUCCCCGGGGGGCAGUACUGUGGACACACGUACCAGCUUACCAAGGUGCCAGCCCACACCUUCUGGAGGGAGCACUGCGGGGCUCGGUGUGUGCUGCCCUGGGCUGAGUUUGAGUCCCUCUUGCACACCUGCCACCCUGUGGAAUCAGGUUCCACGGCCUUGGCCUUGCGCUCCACCAUCGACCUCACCUGCAGCGGCCACGUGUCCAUUUUCGAGUUUGACAUCUUCACCAGGCUCUUCCAGCCAUGGUCCACACUCCUCAAGAACUGGGAGCUCCUGGCGGUCAACCACCCAGGCUACAUGGCUUUCCUCACGUAUGAUGAGGUCCGCGCACGGCUGCAGGCCUGCAGGGACAAGCCUGGCAGCUACAUCUUUCGCCCCAGCUGCACUCGCUUGGGGCAGUGGGCCAUUGGAUACGUGAGCACGGAAGGCAACAUCCUACAGACCAUCCCUCCCAACAAACCUCUGUUCCAGGUGCUCCUGGAAGGACAAACAAAAGGCCUCUACCUGUACCCAGACGGGAGGAACCACAACCCGGACCUGACUGAACUCUGCCACAUGGAGCCUCACCAGCACAUCCAUGUGUCAGAGGAGCAACUGCAGCUCUACUGGGCCAUGGACUCCACAUUCGAGCUCUGCAAAAUAUGUGCUGAGAAUGACAAGGAUGUGAAGAUCGAGCCCUGUGGGCACCUGCUGUGCAGCCGCUGCCUGGCUGCCUGGCAGCACUCGGACAGCCAGACCUGCCCCUUCUGCCGCUGUGAGAUCAAGGGCCGAGAGCCUAUCAGUGUCCAUCAGUUCCCAGGGAGGCCGGCGGGGGCCAGGUCUGCAGCUGAUGAGGACCCAGAGGACAGCAGUGACCAGGAAGACAGGGAGGAGGAGAUGGGGCAGGUGGCCUCCUCAGCGCCCCCUCUCCCCCCUCGGCUAGAUCUAUCCCCCACAAGACCCAGAAGUGGAGGCCGACUGGAGGUGGCACCUCUGGCCCUCCCCAGACUUCGGGCCCCUUUUCCCCUGCCGAAAAUUAGAACUGUGGCCUCAGUCCCAUGGGAGUCCAACUCCAGCCCCCAGGCCAGGGAGAGGCCCACAGAAAACUCCUAAAGGGAAAUUCCCCCCUCCAAGCUAUCCCUGACUGCUGCCCAAGCCUGGAGGCCAGGGUACCAAGAAGUGCUGCUAAAGAGAGCUCCAGGGGCUGGAAGGGGUUUGUGAAGUGGAAAUAAAGUACCAAGCCUGGUCUGUCGUCUGGUGUGUGAAGCAAGAGUGAGGCGGCCGCCAGGGGGCAGCUUGGCAUUGGAAACAGGUGGUCCCAGAGGCCCGAAUGCCACCUGACCAGCCCUGGAGUCUGGGAAUCAGAGGGACAAGUGAGGGACCCAGCUCCUCUGCACUCAGGAGUCUGGGCUCCCAGUCAUCUCUUCCCUCAGACCUCCAAAUAGAAUCCUCCGCACCCCCAGCCUCCUCCCUCAGACUCUCCCUUCUGCCCUCAGUACUUAGGAGUCCAGAGCACCCCACCCCCUUACCUGCAAAUCAAUUCUGACUCAUAGCAAUUCUAUAGGACGGAAUAGAACUGCCCCAAAGGGUUUCCAAGGCUAGAAUCUUUACAGAACCAGACUGCUACAUCUUUCUCCCGCUGAGCCACUGGUGGGUUCGAACCACUGACCUUUUGGUUCGCAGCUGAGUGCUCUAACCACUGUACCACCAGAGUCCCAGGCUCUCAGAAAAUCUGGCAUUUAUUCUUGUAUUCCCCAAACUGGAAAAAAAAACCC